AUGACCACUGGUACCCAGUCAUCACCUCAACUGACCAGUGAUGAUCUUCACAAAAUUGAUGAGUAUUUUCGACGACAUUUGAAACUCCAAAUAGCGGCUGACAAUGACUCGGAACAUGAUCAACUGCCUUUUUUUGUUGGAGUCACAAGACAGGAUUUCCACCAUCUUAAACAGCUGUCACUGAGGAACAGACGGCUUCACUCUGACCCUACAUAUACAUUGAAAGUACAAAGAGAACUAUCCUCCAUUAAAAAAGUCGAAGACAAGCCUGCAGCAUACAAGACGUGGGCUUCGUUGUUGGUAAAACCCUCCACGAAUUAUCACCAGAAUAAAUUAACCAAACAGGACUCACCCUCUAACCACAUUAAACAGUCAACCUCAUUGCCAGCUUCGUCAUCUCAAUUGUCCCCUCAAUUCCAACCUCUAGGUGCUGUGCUACUAAGAUACAUGUACGACAAGGAUUACCAAAAACCUCCUGAUGUAAAACUUCUUCCUCAUGGCCUAAUAAACAGGGGUAACAUCUGCUACAUGAACUCGGUUCUACAAUUGUUCAUCUUUUGCAAGCCACUGUUCCGUGUGCUCCGUUGCAUACGAGAAAAGACGAUAGCUCAUGUUUCUGGUACGUCUGACACACCUAUUUUGGAUGCAUUGACUCUGUUGUUGGAACGAUUUCAACACAAAGAGUCACACGAGUCAGCAUCUGUGGAUGAUUUCGGGGAACCACUAUCACAAGAGUCAUUUUACACAUCUAUAAUAUCACUGCCCAAGUUCUCUCAUUUACGAUGGGGGCAACAGGAAGAUGCUGAAGAGUUCAUGGGUUAUGUAUUGGACGAAUUGCACGAAGAGUUCAUUUCCCAGAUGACCAAACUCACAGACACUGAAAAGAGUCAGCUUCUUGCCAGCGUGAAUAACGUUGAGAGUAAGAAACAGAUCUCUGAGGCGUUGAAUCUGAUCCAAAAAAAGCCAGGCUCGUCUCCAAAAAGCAAAUAUGAUACCGAGGAUAAGCACGACGAUGACGGGUGGUGCGAGGUUGGAUCCAACAAUAAAUUAUCUGCCAAGCGUACAGUUGAAGUGAAACCGUCCCCGAUCACCGAGAUAUUCGGAGGACAAUUUAGGUCAGUGCUGAACGUUCCUAGACAGAAAAACGGCAGAUCCAUAACGUUAGACCCAUUUUUGCAUGUUCAGUUGGAUAUCUCUGAACCCAAUGUUUCUUCUGUGGAAGAUGCAUUCACAUAUCUGUCUCAGAUCGAGGUUAUACCCUACAAAUCAAGCAACGGCAAUCUGGUCCAAGCUACGAAGCAAAAUAUGAUCGAUAAAUUACCAGAGGUGCUAAUUAUUCAUCUGAAAAGGUUUUCCUACGUGAGACAGGAGAGUUCAUCCGACGUAGGCACUCCAGUUCCACAGUCAAGUUCACCAUCUCCAUCACCUUCUCCAUCUGGCUCCACCCAGAACGGAUUUCACAGCAAAAACAACGAUGCUGAGAUGGGAUGUAUUCAGAAGAUUCAGAAGAUAAUAAAGUUUGGCCAUGCACUGACCAUUCCAGAGGCUUGCUUGUCUCGUGGCGAGACUAACAACGAGUACCAGCUCCAGGGUGUGAUAUACCACCACGGGAACAGCACAGAGGGAGGACACUACACGAUUGACGUCAAGAACGACCGUGAUUCAUGGCUUCGCAUAGACGACACGAACAUAGUCCCACUCACUCCACAGCAGGUCGUAGGCGCUUCUACCAACGACGGGAAGGAUGCGUAUAUACUAGUCUACCAAAAGAAAUAG